UAUUUUACCUCUUUUUCACUAAUGCGUUGUUUAAUGUAUAAACACAAUCAUUGAAUAUCGCUUAAGAUAUAAACAAUUUCGUUUUAUCUCAUUCAUUUUUAGUUUAUGUUAAAGUACUUUACUUAAGGAUAAAACUGUAUGUAACAACACAUUGGAUUAAUACCGUUCCAGUACGGUAUAAAAAAUUAUAAAAUACAAAGCAUCCUUUUUGGUACAGAUCCCAUGCCUAAUCCCAAUCUCAAAUGCAUUGUUGGCAAAAAGGGGGGAAAGGGAAAGAAAAAAAAAAAUUGACCCAAACCAUAUUUAUAAUCCAUAAUCAUCUUGAUGCUUUAACGCGAAAUACGAGUGAACAGUCUUUGAAUAGCACUGAAGCUUAUGUUACUGUAGUAGAUGGAGUUGCUGGCACAACUACAGUAGCAGCUAGUACGUCUAUAGAACCUAGUACUUCUGUCAACCCUCCAGGUGCCGCGUCUUCCAACCCAUUGAUGUGUCAACCUCGGAAAAAGAAUACAAAGCGAAAAGUAUUCCCAUUACCAAACUCUAUAAAAAAACGAAUUGAGCGCAAUAAGAAGUUGCUUGAAAGACGUCAAGCUCUAAAAGAGGCCAAGAAAGCAGCUAAAAAAGCAUUGAAAGCAGAAGCCGCUAGUAAGAAAGCGUCAAGUGAAGCUACUCCGGCAACAGAGGCAACAUCACAAGUGUCUGAGACACAAGAAACAACUCCAGUAAUGGCUGAUCCAAAUCAACAACAUGUUGAACCAGUUCCAAUAGUAGCGGAUACACCGCAAGUACCAGUUGUCACACCAGUUGUCGCACCAAUAGUACACCAAGUGGUACAAGUGCAUCCUACGGUUCCGACCCAAAAUAAGCCAAUGUAUUUAAAGCAACAGCAUAAUCAACAGAAACGGAGGAAGCGAGGAGAAUAUGAGUACAAUUAUCCAAAAGGUAUACCCAGAAGUUUCAUCAUACAGCAAAAGCUUUGUCAAGAGGCUGGCAUUCAGCAAAGUAUGACCAAUUCGCCAAUAUAUCCUAUGGGACAACCGAAGAUUCCUAAUCACCAGAUGUACCAACAUAUGGCCAAUACGGUACAGGCAACAUUCGACCAUAGUUCUACUAUGACUAUUGUGAACGAUGCAACUGGGCCAAUAUCUGUUAAUACAGACUUCACGACUGACGUCCAACAACCUUACUCGCCGUCCGACAUUUAUUCAGAGUCUGGGAAUCUUGAACCUGCCGAAGAAGAUGAAUUAUCUGACACGAACCAAACAGGACAAAAGCGUCUUAGCGCCUUCCAGAGACUGGGGCCUCUAUCACAGCCAAAGAAGCCUAAACUCACAAUUAAUUUAACGCUGCAUAAGGAACAACCUGUUAGGGAAGUGGUAGACGAUACAGAUGUUGACCUAGAACGUUACACUCCCGUACACCUUCGUCAGAACAUCAUCAACAGUACGGACGAGACGGUGAAGAAAUACCUGCCGCAUUGGCCGUGGAAGAAGAAUGUAGGCAUUUUAGGUAAAAGGAGUGCUACGGCCAGGGCUUCUAAGUCGGUCAUGAUAAUCGAACAAGAGCUAAUGGAAGAGGCCUACGAGAAAGAAAACUUAUUCAUUAAUAUUUCGGUGAAAGGCUACCCGGCAUCGUGGACCAAAGAACGAGUACUUGAUGCUAUACUGGACAGCGUCAAAGACUACAGUCUUAUACCUUGUUUUACUGAGUUCUACGAAAACGAAUGCAAGUUCCUCGUCCUACGUAAUAGGUCAGCCCUCAUAAUAUUACAUAAAACAGGUUUUUACAUACAUAAAGACGGUGUAGAGCUUACCAUCACGAUAGCUCCAGCGAAUUUGACGCUUAACCAGAUUGACUUUAUACCAAGAAUCAUUUUGAGACAAAGGAUUGCUAUGGGAUAUGAUGGAGUUAAACACACGUUGAAUUUAAGCUCCUUCACUUUGCAAGAAGAUAUAAGCCACUUCAUCUACUUCCCCUUAUCUCGAGUUAGCAACCAAAGUGAAUUAAUACAGUUGCAAAGCGUCAUCGCUUGGGACAGUCUCACUACUCUAGAUCUUUCACACAACAGACUAUCUAAUUUAAGCGGCUUAGAUCUAAUCAGCACAACACCAAAACUGGAACAUUUAAAUCUUUCACACAAUUAUUUAGCGAAAGUUACUGCGCUCUUAGUAUUUAGAGACCUGCCUUUAAAAUCUAUAAAUCUAGAAGGAAAUCCCUUAUGCCAUGAUUAUAUUCAGACCGAUCAUUACAUUAAGGUUCUGAAAAUGAUGUUUCCUGCGCUUGUGGAAAUUGACGGCGUGAAGAUCUUAUUAAAAGGUGAUCUACCUGAUUCAAAACGUAUCUACUGCCCAGAAGACGCGAUGCAAGUCGCAGAGAAGUUUCUAGAAACAUUUUUCCCCUUACUAGACUGUGCUUCGGAACAACGCUUUUUGAUAGAAGGGAUGUAUGCAGAUAAUGCUGCACUGACAGUCACCUACUGUUAUAAAUUGCGUUACGGUCCUAUAUACAGGAACUUUAGGAACUUAUUCCUAUACGCCAGGUUUUUGGACGAAGGGGAGACGGACUCCGUGGUCGGUGCGAUGGCCAUCACCAGACUCAUAAACAGGUGGCCGCGCACUGAACACGAUCCUUCAACGUUUGUAGUUGAUGUCAUGUUUCAUAGUGAGAGGACUACAAUACUGCGUAUGACCGGCAUAUUAAAACUAACAGCGGAGUCGUUAGCCGAAGAUGAACACCUACUAACAUUUUCCCGAACAGUAGUACUGCAUUCGAGAGACGGCUACGAGUACAAGAUACUGAAUGAAAUGGUCUACUGGUCAGAGCCGACCGCGUCUCAAGCCAGGGCCGCGUUCCGAGUUACGUCGGUUUCUCAAAAGAAUACUACUCUGAAAAUUGAUUCAACAACAGAUGAAGAUCUUCAAGAAAAAUUGUUAAAAGUUUUCAUGAAACUAACUACAAUGGAUAAGAAAACAAGUAAAAGGUGUUUGGAAAUUAACAGCUGGAACUUUAAAUUGGCUUUAGAACAUUUCACCAAGUUAUGGAAAGACAACAACUUGAACUCUUUAACUAAAGAAAUAUACACAGUAUAAUGUAUUUUUGGUUGAAUUUUAAAGGUUGGAGAUAAAUAAAGCUUUCUUCAGUUUCAAA